UUUUAUUGUUUAUCUUUUUCUGUCCUCUGAAAAAGCAGAGAGGCGAGCGAAGCGAAGACCAAAGACUCGGCAAAACCUCUUUUUUUAUUUCGCACACGAAAAGUUUUCUGCUUCUCUUUCUGCAUCUCUGUUUAUUGCACAGUCCAUAUCCGAUCUUUCUCGAAGUGUUUCAUUGUGGGGAUUCGGAGUGUAUUGAUUUAAUUUGGACUGUUAGAUCAGGUUUCAGUCUUCGGCCCUUGGUUUUCCGGUGACUUUGUGUUUUUUUUUCUUAUUCUGGUUCUUUUUUGGGUUUGAGCCUUUGAGGGGACUGGGUUUAAUGAUUGAGUUUCUUCGAUUAAUGCGAGUUAUUGUCAGAUAGCCAUAAGAGCUGGUAGGUGGGUAAAAGAAAAAAGAGGGAUAUUGACUGGUUGCUGAGAAAUGGAAAAAAGGAAACUUUUUUAUCAAUAAAAUUUUCUUGGAGUCCUGAGAUAUCUGCCCUAAAUUGCCACCCUAGGAACCCUAGAAGGCAAUCAGUCAUGCCGGUUGAUUUGGAUAAUUCCUCUACAGUUUCUGGCGAGGCCAGUGUGUCCUCCUCUGGUAAUCAACCUCCACCACCGAAAUCCACUGCCACCAAGAAGAAGCGAAACCUCCCAGGCAUGCCAGAUCCAGAUGCAGAGGUGAUUGCUCUGUCUCCAAAAACCCUCUUGGCUACGAACAGAUUCGUCUGUGAAAUUUGCAGCAAAGGCUUUCAAAGAGACCAAAAUCUGCAGCUUCAUCGGCGUGGACACAAUCUGCCAUGGAAACUUAGGCAGCGAUCGAGCAAAGAAGUGAAGAAGAGAGUCUAUGUGUGCCCCGAGGUGACCUGUGUCCACCACGAUCCGUCCAGAGCUCUGGGCGAUCUUACUGGAGUAAAGAAGCAUUUCUGCAGAAAACACGGCGAGAAGAAGUGGAAAUGCGACAAGUGCUCGAAGAAAUACGCGGUGCAGUCCGAUUGGAAAGCUCACUCAAAAAUUUGCGGUACCAAAGAGUAUAAAUGCGACUGCGGCACUCUGUUUUCGAGAAGGGAUAGCUUUAUCACGCACAGAGCGUUUUGUGAUGCAUUGGCAGAGGAGAGUGCUAGAGCUCAGACUCAUCCUCAAAGUCCUAAUCAUCAAAAUCAGGCUGCUCCGGUCAAUCCAAAUCCAAAUCCAAAUCCGAACCCGGAACCAGAGCCGGAGGCCAACGUCCCCGAAUCGCCUUCACUACCUUCAGUUCCAGCUACUGCUUCUCCUUCUACAAUCCCAUCAUCUGUUUCUCAGUCAACUGUUGCAUCAUCCUCUGUUUUGCAAAUUCAAAGUCCAGAAGUGCCUGAAAAUCCAACUCAAAUUGUCGAAGAAGGACCGGCACCGGCAACAACAACUAGCUUGAAUGGAAGCUGCAGCAGCAGCUCAGGAAACAAUGGGAGCACCAGCAGUACUGUAUUUGCUAGCUUGUUUGCCUCUUCAACAGCUUCUGGGAGCUUACAGCCUCCUCAAGUUCCUGCCUUUACUGAUCUAAUCAGAUCAUUUGGGCGUCCUGAUCACACUACAGAUCUUGCACCAUCUUCGUCUGCAGAACCCGUCUCUCUAUGCCUUUCCACCAAUCCCGGGUCGUCCAUUUUUGGAACCGCAGGGCAGGAACGAAGGCAAUAUGCACCACCACCACAGCCAGCCAUGUCUGCCACUGCACUUCUACAAAAAGCUGCUCAAAUGGGCGCUGCAGCUAGUAAUGCUUCAUUUCUUCGCGGACUUGGGAUAGUUCCUUCUUCAUCGGCUGCACAGCAAGAUAGUUUGCAAUGGGGCCAACGACAAGUAGAGGCUGAGAAUGGCACAAUUGCUGCAGGACUCGGGCUUGGGCUUCCUUGUGAUGGGAGCUCUGGUUUAAAGGAAUUGAUGAUGGGAACUCCUUUGUUUGGCCCCAGGCAAACAACUCUUGAUUUGCUUGGACUGGGAAUGGCUGCAGGUGGCAGCCCCGAUGGCAGUUUAUCGGCUUUAAUUACAUCGAUCAAUGGUGGCCUUGAUGUGGCUGCAGCAGCAGCAUCUUAUGGAGGUGGAGAAUUUUCUGGUAAGGAUAUUGGAAGAAGCUCGUGAUAUGAACCAUACUUUCACCAUAUGUACAGGUCAUCUGGUUCUAGAUAAUUGGUGUAGCAGGAGAACAUCAGUCUAAGUUAAAAUUUUGCUAGUACGAAAUCUUCAACGGCAUUCACACUUUUUUGAUGUGUUGUUGGACUGGGGUUUGUUGAGAAUUUCUCUGGGUGGCAUUGAACUUACUUAGGCUCAAAUCCGGAGACCCUUUGCUUCUCUUGUUCCUGUGGGGAUCAAAAUAUCAUUUGACACACUUGCGCAAAGACAAUGGAUGUCAAAAAUCACAGGAGGUGGAAGGAAGAACCCCUGCAAGUGUUUGAGGUCCAUAGAGCUGCAUUCUUUGUGUAGCAAAGUAGGAUAAAUUGUCUAUUUACUUGUUUUAUAUAUCUUUAGGCCUGUAGAAAAGUUGUAAUUUGCUAGGUGAAGAUCAGAUAUAUAUAUAUAUUUUCUGGCUGUCUCUUUGUGGAUGGAUUAUGUUAAGAUCUUGUAAUUGAUUUUGUUUCUCCUUCCCUGCUUCCCAUCAACUAUAUAGUAUAUACCAAUAUGUUGGUAAAUA